CCCACAAGGGCGGCACACAUGCUGUCCAGUCAACAAAUAGGAAACAGAUGACUCGGGGUCUCCGUCACGGCCUCCGUCAUGCCUCGCCGCCCCUUCCACCUCACUCCUUUGUUGAGCGUCCACCUGGCAUUGGUCACCUGUUCCACACCUGAUUCUUCUACAGAAACUAAGCUUGCAAAUAUGAGUGCAUUUGCAAGUAAAAGUGGGAGGGCUGUGCACCCUCAGUCUCCGCCUUCUGGUGCUCCCCCGGGGGGCAACACAGAGCUAGCUAGUUUAUUUGAGUGUCCUGUGUGUUUUGACUAUGUGCUGCCUCCCAUCCUGCAGUGCCAGAGUGGCCACCUUGUGUGUGCCAACUGCCGCCCUAAGCUCACCUGCUGUCCAACAUGCAGGGGACCCUUAGGGAAUAUUAGAAAUCUGGCCAUGGAGAAGGUGGCCUCUACAGUUAUGUUCCCCUGCAAGUACUCCUCCUCGGGCUGCUCCGCCACUCUGCUCCACACGGACAAGACGGAACACGAAGACACCUGUGAGUUCCGGCCGUACAUGUGUCCGUGUCCCAGUGCCUCUUGCAAGUCGCAAGGCUCCCUCGAGCAUGUCAUGCCACACCUCAUGAGCGUCCACAAGAGUAUCACCGCUCUCUAAGGAGAAGACAUUGUGUUCCUGGCAACAGACAUCAAGCUGCCAGGUGCAGUGGACUGGGUCAUGAUGCAGAGUUCCUUCGGCCACCACUUCAUAUUGGAAUUGAAUGGACCAAGACGGAGACUCACCUGGGAAGCCACGCCCCGAUCCAUACACAAAGGCAUCCAAUCAGCCAUCAUGAACUCAGAUUACCUGGUGAUUACCUGGAGUUAAGAUGGAGGAAAUGUUGUCAACUUAGAGAAAACAUAGUUUAUGAAUCCUAGACAAAUCUUUCCUUCAAAACUUAUGUUCAGAGACAAAGUUCCUAGACAACUUUAUGCUACCAAGUGUCACUGUCAAGACACUCAGCCAAUCAUGGGGAAAGUAGAGUGUGAAAAUGCCUCUUAUAUUUUGUGGAAAUUUUUAUAUUCAUGGUGCAGUUUAGUCAUCUCAUGAAUACAUAAUCAGAGAUGAUUAGCUACUUGAAUCACACACUAUUGGCUUUGUCCUUGUUAUGUAAAAUUUCCUGCAGUCAUUCAUCAUUGGUCUCUAGAGAUUGACACAUGUCACGUUCACUUUUAACAAACUAUUAGAGGGAUGUGUUGUGAAUGUACAUUAGCAAGUAGCACUACAAACACUGGCUAAACCUAUUAGAGAAUUGACGGGGCAUUAUAUGAUCUGCCUGAGGAUUACAAAUUAAAGCUGAAAAAAGGUUUCAUUCUUUAGUUUGUGGUAUUAAAAUUGUUUCUUAAAUUUGUCCAAAGAAAGAUUUAGUACAUAUGUUGCAUCAUAUAUUUUAGCAGUAAUUUUUCUAUUUAUUUUACUAACAUAGUUUCAUUUAAAAAGAAAGCUUAUAUACAUAUGACAUUUUUGUGCUCCUUUUAAAAGCUUUUGUUAUCUCAAGGGAGUCAAAGCAAAUGCAUUUAUAUGUACUUUUUUUUGUGGUCAGGUAAGACACACCAUGAAAAAUGUGUGGAAAUCUCAUGUACUUAGUUUAUUAUUUAUAGAACAAAAAAUAAUGUCUACUAGGAUUGGAUGUGGUUAGCAACAGAGGUUUGUGGAGUAGAGUGUGUUUGUACCUUUGUGCUUUUGUUACUAGGAGUUGUCCGAGGUGUGGUAGUGUAGGUAGCAUGGAGGGCACUUCACCCCCCUAGUGUCCUCACCCAACAGGGCUCCUCCUAGUGACCCGUGGAGGUGGGUCCACACGGGGCUCAUUCCACACCUCCUACAAACUAUUUCUCUACACAAUGAGAAAGGAAGAUCAUCAAAGAGAAAUAAAUACAGUUGUUUUCUAAGCUAUCCACCAAAGGGAGACACAUUUUGAAACUUGUCAACAUAUAUAUUUGUAGUAAUCACUAAGUAUUACACUACUAUAAAUGCGGUAUUGCAAAUGCUGUGUUUAUUGAAUAUAUUUUUUAAGUGAAUAAAAAGCACUAAACCA